AUGAAAAUAGACUUUACUUGGGUACAAUCCAGUCAUCCUUUAUGGAACUCACAAAUCUCAGUUGCUGCACUAAAAACUGCAACGUGGGAUGAUUCCAUUGACCGCCUAGCUCUUUAUUUCGACUAUGAACCAAUUUUUAUUCUUGAAAGUGAAGGUGCAAGAUGGAAUUCUAAAACUGUACGUAAGACCUCAAUUAAAAGAAUCAGCAUCACCAACGAGGUUGUCAUAGAUAUUGAAAAUGUUUUUCUCAAUUACAGUCAAGACUGCCAGACAUAUAGAAAGGACCGUGUGAGCAGAGUUAAGGUGGGUGCUCUGAUGCCAAUAAUGGGAGGUGACAAAAAAUUUGCAGCUUCGGGACUUUUUGACGCUGAUUGUUCCAUUACUAACUUCAAGCAAAUGGAGAAUAAACUGACGUUUCCAAAGCUCUGUUGA